AUGAAAGAAACUCGUAGCAAUCAAUCAGAAACAGUUUCAUGUUCAUCCAAAAGUUUAAUACAGGUUCCUAUUAAUUUGAGAGAUAUUAAUUUUGAUAAAUUUGAAUUAAUGAUUAAAAGUUUAUUUAAUCAACUUCAAAUUUUACAUCUCACAACAAAUUAUGAUGGAACAUAUUUCGAUGCACAUCGAUGGGAACAAUUAAUAUUAUCUUUUAUGCCUAAUUUACGUAUUUUCCAUUUUGAACAUAUUAAUCCAAUAGAAAAUAAUACUGAUAAUAAUCAGUUGAUAUAUGAUUCCGUAGUUAAUCGAUUUUGUUCUUUAUUUUGGUUCAAUCGAAAAUGGUUCUUUGAAUAUCAACUUUAA